AUGUCAUUGGAGCCGCAAAAUCGAGAAAUCAAGUCCAGCACCAAUGCUUCCCAACCAAAGGGUCAUGAAAUUUCAGCGUAUCAUGCUCACAAGGACUUGGCGCGCAUAAAGUUGGAAAAUAAGCGAAAUGAGAUUGUCAGGUUGAGAAAAACAAUAAAUGCACGAAACGCUUACAUAAACCAAAAGAAUCAGAUUAUCAAAAUGAACAAAGUUCGUGAAGAGAACGCGACGCGAGUUCACGAGGUUAUAACGGUCAGCUCUGCCAACAUAUUAGUCUCGUUACGUCUUAUAUAUCAUUCGUUGCAGCACUCGUUCGGUGAUGAGAGUGCUAUGGAUAAGGCUGGUGGGGAAGUAGAGAAUUGUUUGCAGAUUGCAAAAAACUUUGGUAAACAGUUGGAAGACAUGAUUUCUUUACCUAGUCAAGUCAACAGCGAAAAAGUCGAAGGUGACGUGGACACCAGCGUUGAUUCUGAGGAGGAAGCACUAGUAGAUGUGGGUAUAGAAUCCAUGGUUGCUCAAUACCACCAGACAGAAUCCAUCAUCGGGGAAUUAUCAACGGAUCUUGAAAGGAAAGAAAGGUAG